GUUGUGCGCAGCAGGUUAGUGUGCGCUGUGCACAGCUCCAGGGCUCGUCAUGGAGCUGCCGGUCCGGGAUGGCUGGUUCCGGGAGACCUGCAGCCUGUGGCCGGGGCAGGCCAUGUCCCUGCAGGUGGAGGAGGUGCUGCACCACCACAAGUCCGCUUUCCAGGAGAUCCUGGUGUUCAAGAGCAAGACGUACGGGAACGUGCUGGUGUUGGAUGGGUUAAUCCAGUGCACAGAAAGAGAUGAAUUCUCCUACCAGGAAAUGAUUGCCAACCUCCCAUUGUGCAGCCACCCCAAUCCAAAAAAGGUGCUCAUCAUCGGUGGAGGUGAUGGAGGGGUUUUGCGAGAGGUGGUGAAGCAUCCGUCCGUGGAGUCUGUGGUGCAGUGUGAGAUUGACGAGACCAGGACAUUUUCCUUCCAGGAGGUCAUCAAUGUCUCCAAGCAGUAUCUGCCUGGCAUGGCUGUGGGUUACUCCAGUCCUAAACUCACUUUACACGUGGGUGAUGGUUUCCAGUUCAUGAAACAGAACCAAGAUGCAUUUGAUGUCAUCAUCACAGACUCCUCCGACCCAGUUGGUCCUGCGGAAUCUCUCUUUAAAGAGUCUUACUACCAGCUAAUGAAGACUGCACUCAGGGAGGGUGGGAUUCUCUGCUGUCAAGGGGAAUGUCAGUGGCUGCACCUGGACCUCAUCAAGGAGAUGCAUCAGUUCUGCAAGACUCUAUUCCCUGUGGUAGAAUAUGCCUACUGCACCAUCCCCACCUACCCCAGCGGCCAGAUUGGCUUCAUGCUCUGCAGCAAAAACCCAAACACAAGUUUCUGUGAACCUGUGCAAGCGCUUACUCGGGAACAAGUGGAUGAGCUGAACCUCAGAUACUACAAUUCCAACAUUCAUCGGGCAGCAUUCAUUCUCCCAGAGUUUACACGGAAGGCGCUCAGCGAUGUGUGAGCUGUCAGCAGACAUGACGUCAAAAUCUUCAAAAACCUCCGGCUUUUCAACCAGGGAACACAAGCCACUCUCCCAUGUGACUGGGACGCAGGACAUGGCCGCUCCUCCUAGCUCUAUUCCAGUGCCGGAAACUGUGAUCUGUACACUCGUCUCUGCCCGCUUUUAAGGCCUAGAAUCUAUGGGUACAACAUGUUACAUUUUCCGCAUGCAUUCCCCGCUUCUGUUAACUCUUUCUGAAGCAAGACACCAUGGUCCCUGUCACUUACUAUACAUUGUGCUGGUUUCAACGGUUAAAGGGAAAUUGCCACAAUUCUGUUGUUAACACCCCUCAUUGCCAAUGUCAUCAUUGUCAUGUGUUACAUAUAUCUAUUGCUGCUAGUCUUCACUUUUCCUGGUUUUAGAGCAAAGAACAGUGGCUCAUGCGGUAGUCUCCUUCCUCCUCAACCACCAAUGAUUCGUAUUUGCCUGCUUGGCCAGAUGAGAGUUAGUUGAUUCAAAUUGCAGGAAUAUGGGGGAAUGGGCCAGAUGAAAAAACUGUAAUCACUGGAUGUUACCUGUCAGUAAACCAAUCCAAACACAAUUGCCGCCCUCUUAUUGUUAUUGCAUCUGGGUGAUUUGUGGCGUCUUAUACUGGUGGGGGGACUUGAUAAAUAAACCUUUGCUGCCUCCUUGU